AUGUCUAGUACAGCUUUCGAAUCAAUUAUCUCUCAAAUUAUCUCUGAUAGCCCCAGUGGUGAAAUUACUGAAGUCUGGAAUGAUCUUAUCGCAAUCGCUGGACCAUCUGCUAAAGAUGCCAUACUCGAUUCCAUUGAGCAGUAUAAUAUUCAGAAUACAGUGCCGGUGGAUAUUGAUGGGAAAUCAGUCAUUAUCUCAAGCUAUAACAAAGAAGGUUCCAAAUUCUAUGACCCAGUUGAUCAUAAACUAUUCUCGGUGGAUCACCUGAAUCGUAAAGGACUGGAUAUAGAACCCUACAAUUCCACAACUCUCAACACUUUUCAACAAACAAUCCUUGACGGCCUACAGAAUUAUGCAUCUACGAACUUCCCAGGCCAAGUUACUCUAGCGGUCUACCCCGUUGUGGAGGAACCCGCUAAGGUGGCCAUUAUCAUAGUUAGUACCAAAUACAACCCAUCUAACUUCUGGAAUGGAGAUUGGAGGUCGCAGUACAUCUAUGAUUCAAGCUCUAAGGAGUUGGAGGGCAACAUUGAUGUCCAAGCGCAUUAUUAUGAAGAUGGCAAUGUUCGCUUUAAGUCCGCUAAGGAAGUCAGGGUUUCAAACCUUGACGAUGUUGUAAAGGCUAUACAAGAAGCAGAGGAGGAUUUUGAAAGAAACCUGGACACUUCAUUUUCAGAACUUAACGAGAAACAAUUCAAGACCUUGAGGAGAAAACUCCCUAUCACUAGAUCCAAAGUGAACUGGGGUAAGGCGAUUGGCAGUUACAGACUUGGCAAGGAUGCCGCCCAAGGGAACUAG